AUGAGUGUCCAAGCUAGGAGUGGUUUUGAGUAUUUUGUGACUUUCACAGAUGAUUUCUCAAAAUAUGGAUACAUUUACCUGUUGCGCCGUAAGUCUAAAUGCUUUGAGAAAGUCAAAGAGUUCAAGGCAAAAACGGAGAAACGACAUGGAAAAUAUAUCAAGUCGUUACGAUCUGACCGUGGUGGCGAAUACCUCUCUAGGGAAUUCAUUACUUAUUUAUCAGAACAAGGAAUUACUUCACAGUUGUCUGCACCUGACAGACAUGUUGAAGUUCCAGGAACAAUGAUUUCAAGAUGUAGUCUACCAGUCAUGGACUUGCCGCUUUACAGCCACAGCAAAAUGAAGGUCGUUGAUUGCAGAACCUGUAGCUACUUCGUCGUAGUGGGAGAAUUAGACGACACCGGUUCGAUAUACACUUUUUUGGGAGAAGCUUUUGAUAGAAUCCCUGAAGAAUGUGAAUUAUUGAACCUGAACCACCUGAAGGGGUUAAACCCAGUCGGAUGUAAGUGGAUCUAUAAGAAAGAGGGUAUAGACGCUCAUUAUGAUUAUGAGAUUUUGGCAAUGGAUGUCAAGACAAGCUUUCCUAAAUGGAAGUUCUUGAUGAAUGCAUCUAUAUUGAAAGCAACCAGAGGGAAUUGUGUAGGUAUGUUGAAUUCUGUCAAAGAUUGGCUGUCCCAACGUUUUGAUAUGAAGGAUUUGGGAGAGGCUGCUCAUAUUCUUAGGAUUAAGCUUAUGCGAGAUCGCAAGAAAAGGAUGAUUGGCUUAUCUCAAGCACUUUUUAUUGAUACCAUUCUUGCUCGUUUCAGCAUGCAGGAUUCCAAGAAGGGUUUUCUUCCCUUCAGACAUGGAAUCACUCUAUCUAAGGACCAAUGGACCCAAUGUCCUAAGACACCUUGA